CUCUCUGAGACUGUAACAUCUGUGAUUCGUGGAAUAAGGAAUCCCCAAAUAAGUAUCAUAUCUUACAUAUGUAGACGAUCUCCAUGCAUCGAAAUUUCUUGUUAAAAGGCAACACAAGGACCUAGUGUUUUUGUUACAAAUUAAUGUUUCGCAAGCUUGUAACCACCGAACUUACAACGUCGUCACAAAUUUCAAGUUUGUUUUUCAAAUACAUCAGUGAAUACUAUGACAAUUAUGACAAAUUCAAAGAAUGUUUUAUUAUUCAGGUUGCUAAAAGUUCUAGUAUGCAUUGGCACGGUUAUGCUUUCUCCGGGUGCCUAGUACUGAUUGUCCUGCUUUGCUUAUUGCUAUUCUUCAAAUUCAGAAAUAAUUUGCCAGUGGCUUUGAUUCUGAUAGGAAUAAUAAUUGUACUAUGGUCUACCAAUAUCGUGGCUAUAUGUUGCGAUUUUGAAAAAAAAUACUGGUGCAUCCUGUUAGUCUUCAUCAUUCUGGAAGACUUGAUAACAAUCAUCUUCUGCAUCAUUAUCAAAAGAUUCAAACAACAAGUGAUGCUAUUCCUGCUGUCCUUAUCGGCACUGUUUUUGAUAACCGGCUUAAUCCUGUUUUUCGUAGGGAGGAGUAUGGUAAGUGAAUUGCAAUGUCAUAUAGACUGUUGUAUUUUGACAUUUAUUCCUCCAGUUACAAGAAUUGUUUUCAUUGUGACUGUCAAUCCCAUUUAAUUUGAACCUUCUUAUAAUCUCUGUAUUCUUGAGAUCAGCCAUUCAAACACUUACAAGGAAGAAGACUGCAAGUAGAACUGAUUGUCCAGUACUCCAGUAAACGUACUGUAUUCACCUAUCUGUGAAAUGGGUAUUCCAUUUAUUUUAUGUGUAGUUCUCUUACGAUGUGAAAAAAUUCUAUUGCAUAAUCGAGAGAAAUGUGAGGCUAAAAUUUCAAUGGGAAGGAGCAUUGCGAUACGCGUUAUUUUAUUCACUGCAUACUUGUUAAGGUGUGGAGAGAAUUAAUUCCUGUAAAUAAUCAUUUCGUAGUUCCUUUCGCUUUGAACACAUUCAAUUUCAUCACCAAAUUACUGAGAUUUAUUGAUUAAUUUUAUUUUUAUUUUCUUUGACUCCUGGAAACAUUUCAGCCCGUUUUGAUUGCAUUAGGCGGUUUCCUGAGGAACGCUGCUCUAGCUCUGGUGAGUUUACACAUUUUUUGCAACUUUUAUGAAAAGAAUUAUUCAAUGCCUGAUUUCGGCUGAACAUUCAUUUGAAUAUAUAUCAAGAGUAUAUAAGAGACUUCAUAAUGUGGGUGAAGUUACCACAGACGUCACAAUCAGAUUUCAUAUAGAUGUCACUGAUGACUUUGUUCACAUAUUUCAAUGACGAAAUGUUCUCCAUUCAGCGAAUCGAUAAACUGGCAUUACUGUAAUUGAAACUCUGUACAUUCAUGUUGUGAUAUUUGGUAUUUCGUUUAUUUCAUGUGGCUGUGAUUUUCGCCAGCUUCCUCAAAUAACCCUGAUAUCACAUAGUUCAGCUGCCUCCUGACGGGCAAUUUUUAGUGAAAUUCACGAU